GUGAUACGCAGAUAGGUGAAUCCUCGCUGUCUUGAUUCUCCCUGAUCUCAUGAUACAGACGCCAAUUGGGACCAAGCCUCGUCAGUCGCAGGAAACCAGCCACUUCAACAUUUCAAUGGAGCGAGGGGCCCGCAUUUUGACAACUUCACAGGUGCCCAGGGCAACCCAGCCGGUCCGCAAGGCGGAUAUCCCAACACGGCGGGACAUAACCCGACUUACUACGAUCAAGGUCCUACGGGCAUGAACCCCGCACCAGCGGCGAACCUUUAUCAUGCAGACCAAAACUUCCAACAAUCAAUUGGCACGAUGACCGGUAACGUAGCAGGUCCCGCUCCGGCUCCUGGCACAGGUGCUGCUGUAGGUAUUGGAACCGGUACUCGUCAAGUCGAUAACAACUAUGCCAACACUGGUGCGAGUGUUGGGACCGUUGCUCCUGUUGGAACCAUGAACGCAAAGCCAUCAAUGGGCUCUCGAGUAAUUGUCACACUUAUAGGCGAAGCGGAGAAGAUGGCAGGCGAGUUGACUGGGAACCCUAAGCUCGUUGAGCGUGGCGAACUUAAGAAGGCAUUUCACCAGUGUAGUGCUUAAAGGUGGUUCAUUCAUUUGUAGGUGGCCGGCACUGGUGCCCUCCUGGGUGGAUACGCUACCACAGGACAACAACGGCGUUCAUGACUUGCAUCCUGAUGCAGGUUUUUGGGGUCGAUGCCUCCCCGUAAAAUUUGCCUUGAAUAACGAAAUCGAUAACUCGAUAACACAUAGAUGGAGUAAUUCCGCUAUACGAGAUCUAAAGGGUGUAGUAGACGGUCCUUCAGAACGUAUAGUCAGUCGCAGAAGAAUACAAUGUGCGAAAAUGAGUGGAAACGCGAGGCUGUUACACUCAGAAAAAGUCAAACGUUUAGGCUGGCAGGCUGGCGGGAACAAGGCCCUGCAAUACAGCACUCUGGCCAUACAGUGGAGACACUGACCAAAAGCUGAUACUGAGCUACCUCUGCUAGAAUUAGCGAGCGCGUAGUGAGCGGGCAGUAUUUCACUAACAUACAUUGUCAUUAGUACACAUGAGCGGGAUACAAAAGAAUCCUGUCUUUAUAUAUAAAUAUCAUGAAG